GGGGCGGCGAGGCCGCUGAGCCGGCGCGUGCGCGCGGUGCCGGGAGCCGCGGCCUUGCUCCGCCAGUGGUGAUGCGCAAGAUGUCGAUGCUCAGUUCGGUGCAGAUCAAAGAGGCGAACGCGCACCUGGCGGCCGUGCACCGCCGGGUGACGGAGCUGGAGCAGCGGCUGGACGCGGCCGAGCGCACGGUGCGGGAGCAGGCCGAGCACCUGAUGGGCAAAGACCGGGAGCUUCAGGCCGCAGUCAGGGAGCUGGCCCAGCGUAAGGACCGGGAGAUGGUGGAUGUACAGGCGAAGCUGCAGGACUGUGAAGGGACGGUGCAGAGAUUACAUAUGCUGAUGAAGGAGAAGGAUGAUGUAAUUGCCCAGCUGAGGCAUCGCAGUCAACUGUUGGAUAAGAUCACCCGUAGCCGACCCCUCCUUGACAACUUGCUGUCCUACAUGGCUGAAGCUGAACACUCACACAGCGUCCGUCUUCCACAGCCCACUUUCCCUGAACACCCAGCAGAAUCCCUUCACUCAGUCACCAACGGGUUAAUGAACACCAGCCCCAAUGACCGGAAUUUCUCUGUCAGUGAGGAUGACACUGAAGAGCUGGACCAGGAUGACUCGAUCUUUGGGACCACAGUUUAAAUCUGCACCUGAUCCAAGUUGAAUGAUGCUGGGAAGAGCCAAAGUGCCUGUUAAGUUUGCAGAUCUGGAAGCCACACCAAAACCUGUGAUCAUGAAGCAUUAGUUGAGAAAGCGGAAGCUAAACGUUCUCUUUCACUCCAAGUAAUCUGAUUGUUGGAUUUGCUGACAUUUCAUUCCAAAGCUACUAGGAUUUGAUGGAAAUUUACCUCACUAUAAAGAACGUGGCCUUCAGAACAGUGGACUAUUAACACUGUUUUUCAAUUUCUUGAUGCAGUAAACAUUGGUGUUGGGGUAACUCAGAUUUCAGGCUUGGUUUUGAGCACCAUGAUCUUUGAUUCGACAGUAGGGAGAAGUGAUGACUUACUCGUAGAGCACAAAGGGCAAACCCCAGGGUCCAGCCUCCUCUCCUUCUAUGUUCCUCCAAGGUUUGGAAUGUGUGGAAUGUUCCUGAGUUUCUUAUUGGUUGCAAUGUGUGUUGGGUGAUUAACUACCAUUUGCUGUACUGGGGUUGUUAUUUCCACGUUGGGAGUCCAGCCAUUCGUGAGGAGUGCUGGCUUGUUAGUGAGCUGGUUUUGUUGUAUUGUUCUUUGCCUUUAGGACUUGAGUUUAAAGCCAGCCCAAAUACACUGAUAGUUUUUGCUAGCUGGCAAGGUAGUGUUUAUAGAUUCUACUGCUCGUGCAGUGGUGAACAUUUCCAAUUGUUGAGCUGCUUGCAUUGGUGGAGAUUGAAGAUUGAUACCUGGCCAAGGACGCAGAGAACUUCGAACUUUGUCGUGUGUGACACGUCCCUGCUGCCCCUGUCCUGAUAAUUGCCCAAAUUAUCUGCUGCAAAGUGGAGUGCAAUCCGUGCCUACUUAAAUAUUGGGUUCUGUUGUCUCUCCAUCAUCAAGGAUUUAAAGUCCUUUGUCACAACAUUUAACUAGAUAGCCAAAGUCAUGAGGGUGGGGAUUGCUUCCUUGCUGUUGACCCCCUGCUGCCCAGCACUUUGCAGAACUGGCAGUGGAACAGGAGCAGCAAUGGAGGUGGUUCUUGGCCACUUGACUAUUAACAAUCUCAUCUAGUUGGCUUAUUCAGUCAAUCAUCCCAAUAACACAGACACAAAAAAAGCACAUUGUGCAAAUGGACCCUGCAUCAUUUGCACCUGGAUUCAAAUCCUGCAACAAUAAUUAGAAGGUUCUUCUAAUAAUAUUGUACAGAUAAUAUUGUUUCUCCUUCCUCUUGCUCUCUAAUUGUCCAUUGUGAGUCCCUGCACAACACACAGGAUGCCCAUUUUAAUGGGGACUCUAAUUUUCUUUCUCCACUCACUGUCUCUCCCUCACUUCUCAGAUCGAUUCAGCAAAACCUAAACUGGUUUCCUGGAUUCAUCAUUGCACUAGUAGUGCACGGGAACUGGGUGACAAAUUGAAUGGGGCAUGUUAAUUAACUACAUCCACACCUCUUUUGCUUGCCUGUCUAAAAGCAGUGGAUAUAAAAAGGAAAUUCCAUCUUCAAAUCACAGGUCUCUUGAAGGUUAUGUCAUUCCUACCUCAGGUUCUUAAAACCAAACAAAUAAAAGUGGGUAAUUAUCUUUCAAGUAAGUUGGUGGGUAGUGAGUAACGGUGUCAGUGCGUUAAUCGUCAUUUUGUAAAAUGGUCAGAUUGUUUAUAAGUUUUGUGCAGAAAGACCUUUGCGUUUGUGUUUAAUCCUAAAUAAUACCCGUCAGGCCACCUGUUCCUUAUCACACUGCUAUUAUAUACCUUUUCCUGCAUGGAAAUUGGCUGCUGUACUUCUGACCUUGAGAAGGAACUUCAGAAGUACUUUCCAAUCUGUAAAGUGUUUCAACCGAUUCUGGAUCAAUGGAUGCCCCUUUAUAAAUGUAAUUUACUUCUUCCAUUUGAUGUUGAAUUGAGCCGGUGACCAGCAACCCGAAAGUUGCCUGGUCUCCUCCCGCAUUGGAUUGAAUUCCGCCCUCCACAUAGAAACAUGGCUUGGGAACCCAGUGACUCAGGGGAAUAAAUGCCAGCUCCACUGUAUGUUGCUUGUCUUUGCUGCAAUCAGAUGCUUUAUUUGGCUAUACUGAAUACAUAUUUAUUCCAGCACUUGCCUCCCAUCCCACUCACUUUGAAAUAUAUGUACUUUAUUCCAUCUCAGCUGUACAGCAAGGAUCUUCCCCCCCUCCAGUCAUCCUGCUGGUUCCACUGUUCGCAUCCUUGUAUCCCUAUUAUUAGCACAUCUUCCCCAGCAAUGGGCCAUUAUGGACUCCACCCUUCCUGAGGUCAUCUGCUGCUGGCCCUGUUUUGUUCUGUCUUUCAGUUUGAAGAAGGGUCCCGAAAUUCCUCAGGUCAUUUUAAACUCACAGGCUUCUGUUGCCCCAGCUCACUUUAAAACCACUUACUGAAAAAUGUAUUAUGCUAAAUUUGUUACAUUUAAAAAUAUUGCAGAAUAACAGGGCAGUUAUA